AUGGCUGACAAGAUUGAUAUUGUCCUCCUCGGUGCGACUGGGUACACGGGUCGUCUCUGUGCGGCUUACAUGACAAAAGCCAUCCCCAACACCGUCUCGUGGGCCAUCGCAGGUCGAAACCAGAAAAAGCUCAAGGAUCUUCAGGAAGAGCUCAAGGGGAAAGGAGCAACAUGCACCGUCUACGCCCUUGAUCUCAACUCGGACACUGCCAUCGCCGAGCUUGCCCAGACGGCUCGCGUUAUUAUCAACACUAUUGGUCCAUACUCUUCGACCUGUGGAACGGCUGUAAUCAAGGCCUGCGCUGAGAAUGGGACUGAUUACGUUGACUGUAGUGGAGAGAUGCCGUGGAUGCAGGGCAUAAUAGCCAAGUAUGACGAAACAGCCCGUAAAUCAGGCUCAAGAAUAGUUAUGACCGCCGGCUGGGGUGCUGUACCAGCCGACCUCCCAACCUACCUCGCCGUGCGCCACAUCCGCGAAACAAUGUCCCUCCCAACUCGCGAGGUGCUCGUCUCGCUCGAUGAUCUCCGGGGCUCUUUCAGUGGUGGCAGCAUCAACUCCAUGUGCGACCUCGAGAUGAGUUACGGCUCCGCGAGGAUCGCCGCCGCAUCGGCACCUUUUGUACUGUCACCCAUACCGAGGAGCAGCGCUGAAAUUGCAAAACGCGGUGUGCUCCCUGCGCCGAAUGUGUUUGGUGUCCAGGUGGUUAAAGGCAUGGGUGCUCUAGUCGAGGGCUCACAGACGGGGAUAGAGACGGGCAUUAUCGGUCGCAGCUGGGGUCUAUUCGCAGGCCAAGAGUCAUACUCUCUCGGUCCAGACGGAUACGGCAAGAACUUCUUCUUCUCAUCGCGUGUGAGACAGUCUGGUCCAUUUAUGGCCUGGAUGUUCCGUGCUGGGUUUAUCCUUCUUACCACUGCCAUCACCAAGAUCCCUCCACUACGCAACCUGGCCACCAAGACGCUCUUUCCACCAGGGACAGGUCCGUCUGAAGAGCAGCGAAGAGGAAACCACUUCACGUAUCGUACCGUGGCCAUACCUGACCAAGAAGGGACGUCACGCCGUGUCGAGGUCAAGUUUGCGUACCAAGGAGACCCAUACGUCUUUACAGGCGUGUCACUGACCGAGGCGGCGCUUGUGCUACUUGAAGGCGGUACGCCGGCUCACCAACGUGGAGGCAUCUUGACGUCGGCCAUGCUGGGUGACAAGUUCGUCGAGAGGUUGAAGGGGCCACAGGCAGGCGUCGAAAUAGAGAUCAAGGUUGUGGAGGAGUAG